ACAUGACAUAAAUAAGCUCGCCAUAAGCUAGUCUAAGAUUUUUGAUAAGAGAAAACUUUCUCAUAAACUAUUGACGAUUAUUUGCUUUGGUCGAAUGUAUCCAACCAACCGAAAGCAACCAACACCGAAAGAUGAUAAAUGGACAAUAUUUUUGCUAGAAAACUUUAUGUAAUAAUAACUGUGAUUAAUUAAGCGUAAAAAUUGUUGUGAGUUAGUGAAAGUUUUAAUUAAGAAAUAGUUGUGGGUAGAUGACAAUGUGGUCAACGGCUUUAUGCACUUUAGGUGUCACUAAACCAAUGAAUUUAUGUAAUUGUCUCCAUUUCCAACGCCAUCAGCAGCAUGGUGGUCAAACGGAGUCUCGUGGAAAGAGACCUUUGAAAAUUUGGGAUAGUUGGAGAAAUAUCAGGAAAGGUCUCGUCGUUGGAAGCUUUGAAGAGUUAAUUGUUAGAGGAAAAGAUAAAUUAGGCGUUCCUGCCUCGGAGCCCGUUCGAUUGGUACUUGAAAGUGAUGGAACGCAAGUUGAGGAUGGGGAAUAUUUUCGUACGUUGGCAAACAACACAAUUCUAUUGCUCUUGAGGCAGGGAGAACGUUGGUACCCAACAGGUGUUGACGUCAUCAAAGCUGCAAUAUCUGCCAUACCAAAAAUCGUCUGUGAGACGAUUCAUGCCUUGGAACUUCAUGAUGAAACUCCAUCUUGGAAAAUCAUGGAUAAUAAGGGAAGAGUCACCGUUGUUUUGCAUUGGGAUCAACGGCAAGGUCAGAGUGGGGGAACAGGACCGCCAAAUGAUAAGUUUUCACCGUCAAAAAAGGGUUUAUCAGCCCAAAGUUCAAUAGAUAAGUCAUCAUCAGCACCGCAACGUUAUCCAAGUCCACAAAUAACUGUCAUCAAUCAUGACGAUCCAUCGAAUCUUUAUCACUCAGGUCGACGUCUUUCGAAAGGUGGUGGAUCGUUUGAUAGCGCAGUCGGAGCUGUUCAUAUACAUACACCAGAAUGUGCUCAUCACGCUCAUACACCAACACGUGCCGGCAGUCCUGGAGCUACCGAAUGUGAUUUCCAUUGUUGUGCAUUACAUGAAGAGGGUCGAAAGAUUGCUGUACAUAAAAACGUUGCGACAUCACCCAUUCAAGAUGGAUCUGGUAGUCCACAACCACCGCCAAGUUCGCUUUCCGAUACGAAUUCAUUGCAAAGACGAACGCCAACAAAUAAAGGACACGUGCGCUUUUUAGACAUUGGGCCCGAAAAGGAUAGUUCAGAGAGUGAAACAGAAAAUACUGUCAUGGAGGACGAGACGAUAACGUCGGAAAAGUUCCUGCUGCUCAUCGAUCAAUUAUCUGUAGAUCAAAAGCGUCAUUUGAGCAUUAAAGACAUUGGGAUUAUUCUUGAGCGAUUAAGCUCAAAGAUUCUCGAUGUUGAACGCCUCGAUCGCGAAAGUGAAUCGGACGAUUGUUACAAUUGGACAAUUAAAGCAACGAUACGUGGUGAUGCACUUCGUGAAUUAGGUGUAAUUUAUAAUGGCAAUUAUUAUGCAAUAUCAGAGCAUCCCGGCUAUAAGGAAGAGAAUGAAGAGAACGGUGAUGAACCUGAGGAAGAAGAUGAAGAUCGACUAUAAGCUCAAUGUUGUUCAGUUCGUUGCUCAACUAAAUAAUUCACGUAGCGUGGCUAAUAAAAGUGAAGAAAAAAAAUAUAAAAUUGAUUAAAUCAUUUAACUUAGAGAAAUGUUUAAAAAACGAACGAAAAAAAAAGAUAUAAAAAAAGAGUGAAGUGGACAAGCUCAAUAUUUAUCGGUGCAGAAGACAUGACUGAAUGUUUUUAUGUUGAGCUCGAAAUGAUGACGUGAAAUUGGAAACAUAUGAAACAAACUUAAAAAGAAAUAAAAGAAAAUCAGAAAACUUUGAAUACUUAUAAAAAUAGUUGCCAUGAAUUAAGAAAAAAAAACAGAAAAUUUCGGCGAUAAAUUGGACUAAAAGAGAAAAACAAAAUGAAAAAAAAAAUAAUUAAUCUAUCGAGAUUGUGUGUGUGUGUCAAAUUUUUGAUUAAGCUGCCAUCGCGAAAUUUAUUCGAGACAUAAAAUAUAAAAACAAAAACAAAAAAUAGUUAAGAUUAUAACUUACAUGCAAAAAUAAAAAGAAAGUAUUGCAGUUUAUUGAAAAAAAAUGAUGAUGAAUAAAAAAAUAAAAGAAAGAAUAUAUUUGCACAAUUAGUAUAAAAAUUUAUUAAAACAUUGUUCAUAUAGUGAAAAAUUAAAAUAAUUACAUUGAAGAAGAAUAUUGAGGUAUUACUAAAAAAGAAAAAAAAGUGUUGGUGUAUGUUUUAAUAUUUUUAUCGAUGAAUAUUGAUGCAAAUUUAGAGAAAUGAAAAAGUGGCAAAAGAAAAAAAUAUCAUUGAAAUUGAAUGACGAAAUUGAAAAUUAAUUGUCUGUUUUGAAUAGCUUCAGGAUGGAAAUAAUUUAAUUAAUUUUCCUUAUUUUAGACUUUAGAAUAUUUUGGUAUAGUUUUUUUAAUUGAGCUUUUCAAAUUUUCUUCCAUUGUUACUAGAAAAGCUCUUUUUAUGGAAAAUUUAAUAAGAAAACAUUCGACCAGUACGUAAAUCAUCCAAGAAUUCGAACUUUACAAUUUUAAGCUAAGUAAUUUCUAGUUCUACGAUUAACGCAAUUCUUCUUUUUUCGUUACUCUCUAAAUAUGAAGCUAUUUGGUUCCUCAAAUGAAAUUAGUUUCAAAUGUUAUAAUUUUCCUAAUUAAAGUUAGAUCCGUGUAUAAAAAAAGUAACAUAUAAAAAAUUAAAAAUCGAUAAAAAUUAAUUUUCUUCCAUAAAUAUAAAAUUCGUACGAUUGUACGACGUUUUUUCAUAGAAUAUUUGCAAAAGAAAAAAAAUCUUUAUAAGAAAAAUAUCGAGAAAAAAACUAAGAUAUAGAAGUUACAUAAGAAAAGUAAGAUUAUGACAUAAGUAAAAUCUUGAUUAAAUCCACAAACUCCAUUCAUAGCAUUCUCAAAUAUGUUUAAUGAAGAAAUGAGUUUCGAUUAUUGACCCAGCAAGUCAUUUACCCUGACAAUCUUUCAAAGUUUAAGUUCGAAAAGAAAGUUUUGAUUUUAAUUUGAAUAUAAAAUGAGAAAAAUGUUUCUAAAAACUUUGAUUAUUUAGAUAUCUAUUUAUAUUUUCUCCCUGGAAAAUGAUGAUAUUUGCUUGAUAUUUUUGUGAGCAUUUGAUAAAUGAAGAAAAAAAGAUGAAAGUUGAUCGUUUCAUUGAUUCAAUAUGAUUGUUAAUGACGACAACUAAUUAAGAUAAAGCCGUCGAAUAUUUUAACGAUGACUAUGAAGAAUAAAAAACAGAGUAAAGAAAUAAAUAAAUAAAAACUUGAAGAAUUUGGAUCGAAAGCUCUUUGAAGAAUAAUACUGAGAAUUGUAAUAUUUGUCAGAUGCACAAAAUAAUAGUAUGAGAAAUCAGUUUAAAAGAAAAACCAAAAAAAGAGUUUGAACACUAUUAUGUAGUUUGUUUAAUGGUACGAAACAGCUGCAAAAUACCGAAGAGUUCUAAUUUUUUUUCUUAUAAAUAGACUAAUUAUAGAAGAUUUAAUCUAGUAAAAUGUUGUUUUUAAUUGUUGUUUAAGUUGAAAUUAACCAUUAAAAAAGGAAAUUGUUGCCAAUUUAAUUUAUUAAGCAUUCUGUACCAGUUUAUAUCUCAAUCGAAUCUUUAUUCUAAAACUUUAAUUUAUAUCUAUGAAAACGAAUGAAAGUAAAGGAAAAUAUUCAUGAUCUUGAGUGUUGAUUAGUGACUUUCAUUGUUUCUUAUUCAAACACUACUCACCCAUCCCUCUAAGGUCAAAUAAAUGUCAAUCCAUCAGGAUGAACCAGAUACUUCAAGGUUAAAGGGUCAUAAUAAAUAUUCACGAUAAACGAAAAAAAAUAAUAAUAAUAAAACCAAAUGAAACUCCCACAUUGUCUUUUGAAAUAUGAAGUAAGAUAAAUUAAAUAAAAAAUAUUGUUGAUGCCAAAAAAAAAACUAAAGGUAACAAAAUCAAAUACGAAUUACUAAUGAAAGAAUUAAACUGCAUGAAAAGAUAUUUUAAGAAAGCGAAAAAUAUAAAAAAGUAUUUAAUGUACCUUGCAUUUUGAGUAUUUUCAAUGAUUCUUGAGACAUUUUACUUGAACUGCAAUUGCAAGAUCUUUUAUUUGUGAAGUAACCUAAAUUGUUAAUUAAAGAACGGAACUGUAAAUUAUUUAUAGUUAUUAACAUUUGUUUUUCAUUCUAAUGCUUUCAUAAUUAAAGCUCAAAAUUAACUUUGUUGCCAAAUUUUAUUAAAUGGAUAAUUUCCAUGCUGCCAAAGAUUUUGUGUCAGAAAAAGAAAAUCGAAAGUUGUGAAAAAUUCCAUUAUUUAGUCACUUAAAGUAAAAAACAGUAUAAAAACUUAGGAAGGCUUAUGAUUGAAUAAAAAAUCUUCAAUGUAAAUUCCUAAUCACUGCCCUGAUUCCUUAACGAAUUAAAACUGUGUAACAUCAGUAAAUGUAUUUAUUUCUAAGUUUCGCGAAACGAUACGAGAACUCACUUUUUAUGAUAAAGUAACACUUUCAUGAUAAUUUCAAUUCUAGGUAUUUGAUUAGUGCGAAAAAAAAAUUUGAGCAGCGUUGAAAUAUUUUAGUUCCAUUUCCUGCAAUUGCUGAAAUAAUUAAUAGAGAAAUUUUCACUCUGAGAGUAGUAGAUUGGAUAUUGGAAGAGAAACUAUGAAGUAAUCAUUUAAAUUCAAAGAAAAAAGAAUUCAACAUUUUGAAUAAACGGGUUAAUAUUUGAACACAUUAAAUGGUUGCAUUUGAUUGUGCAAUUUGAAAAUAAAGGCAACACAGAACUGCUUGAGAUUUGACAGAAUUUAAAGAAAUUUGAAUUGUGAAAAUUGCCAUCAAAUAUAAAUUCGCAUUUGUUGUGCAUACAGAAUUAUUUUGAUGAAUUAAUUAUUUCAGAAAAGAAAACUUUCAUCGAGGCGAAAAGAAAUAAAUUACAGAAAUUAUUGCAAAGCAAAUAGUUUUAAUAAAAAAAAAUAGAUUUGAACGAAACUCAAAAACUAAUAGAGAUGUCAAAAUAUGAUGGAAAAAAUCACAAUUAGUAAAAAGAACGAGAAAAGGUGGAGAGAACUUUAAAGUAUAUUGAGGAAAAAAAAGCAAAUGAUGAAACCUAAUGUUUUGUAUAGAAUAUUUCUGUUACAAUGUAAAAAUUAUUUAAAAAAAGAAAAAAACAAAUAAAUAAAUAAAAUUAAUGC